AUGUUGCCCAAAAAACCAACUGAUUCAUCUACAGAGCAACAUGGCUUUGACGAAGCUCGAUGGGUCAUCAAUCUCCAAAAAUCUCUAGAUGUUGAGCUCGAAGAACACGAUCUCGAAGAAGUCAGAGUCAGCAUUUACACUGUUCCUAAAGCAUUAAUGUGUAGCCAUCCAGAUUCAUACACACCUCACCGAGUUUCGAUCGGACCUUAUCACUGUCUAAAACCAGAGCUUCACGAAAUGGAGAGGUAUAAACUAAUGAUCGCGAGAAAAAUUCGAGAUCAAACUAAAUCUUUCAGGUUUCAUGAUCUCGUAGAGAAGAUAAAAUCCAUGGAGACCAAGAUUCGAGCUAGUUAUCAUAAGUAUAUCGGGUUUGACGGCGAGACUCUGAUGUGGAUUAUGGCUGUAGAUUCGUCAUUCUUGAUACAGUUUCUUAAGAUUUACAGUUCCAGAAAGGUGGAAGCUUUGAUCAAUAGAGUUGGACACAACGAGAUUCUUAGAGAUAUAAUGAUGGUGGAGAACCAAAUCCCGCUUUUUGUUUUGAGGAAAACACUCGAGUUUCAGCUUGGAUCGACGGAUUCAGCUGAUGAUCUGUUGGUCUCUGUUCUCACGGGAUUAUGCAGAGAUCUCUCACCUCUCGUUAUCAAAUUCGACGAUGAUGAAAUUUUGAAGUCUCAGCUUCAAGACUAUAAUCAUAUUUUGGAUUUCUUGUAUCAGAUGAUCGUUCCAAGAAUCGAAUCAGAAGACGCCGAAGAAGAGGAAGAAAACAGAGCAGACGACAAUGGCGAAAACAGAGCAAGUAGGUUUCUGCAAGAGAUCAAGAUUCAAUUCAAUAGGGUUUUCGCAUCUAGAUCUGCGGAUUCAAUCUUGAGAUUUCCAUGGAGAAUCAUAUCAAAUCUUCCCGGAUUCAUCGCUCUGAAACUCUCAGCGAAUUAUCUCUUCACACGACAAGAAAACGAAGCAACAGCAACUAGACAAGAAUCAUCAUCGGCUGCGAUUCCCGACAUGGAGAAGCCUCCUCUCGUCGAAGAACUCACAAUUCCAUCAGUCUCUGAUCUUUACAAAGCAGGAGUUCGAUUCAAAGCAACAAUAAAUGGUAACAUUUCAACGGUAACAUUCGAUUCAAACUCUGGUCAGUUUUACCUCCCUGUAAUAAACCUAGACAUCAACACAGAAACUGUUCUUCGAAACCUCGUUGCUUACGAAGCUUCGAACACUUCAGGAGCAUUAGUGUUCACUCGUUACACAGAGCUGAUAAACGGAAUCAUCGAUUCGGAAGAAGACGUUAGGUUGCUUAGAGAACAAGGCGUUCUUGUGAGCCGUCUCAAGAGUGAUCAAGAAGCUGCGGAGAUGUGGAAUGGUAUGAGCAAAUCUGUGAGGUUGACCAAAGUUGGGUUCUUGGAUAAGACUAUUGAGGAUGUUAACCGGUAUUAUACCGGAAGGUGGAAAGUGAAGAUUGGGAGAUUUGUUGAGGUUUAUCUCUAUGGUUCUUGGCAGAUUUUUGCGUUUUUUGCGGCGGUUUUACUGCUCAUGUUGGUUUCAUUGCAAGUGCUCUCUUUGGUGUUUAGCUACUUGAGGUUGCUUCGGCUGAGAACCGGUUAG